AAUUCCACGACAUGCCCAUGGAAUUAAUCUGUGGUUCUGUUCUGUGAUUAUUAUUAAAAAAAAAUUGGAUCUCUAUGGUGUAAAAUCAAUUUCCCGGAUUUUUCUAUUUUCCAAGAGGAAAAUAAUGUCUAUCCCGUACAGUGGUACUAUACGAAGGUCUGGUGGCGUAGUAUCUGCAAUUGCAAAACAAUUGCGGGCUGUUAAUCUUAAAGCUGCUAAACGAAUAACUGUUAAAUUUGAUCCUUUUGGCGAUAAUGUAACGCACACGAGAAAUUUCUUGCAUUAUAUGAGCUCACGAAAAAUAAGCUUAACAAAUCCCAACUGUGUCCUUAAAACCGAGGUUGUAUGUGAUCGCAGUGAACCAACAGUAGAUAUUACAAUUGUACCAUCAAUUGCUGAAACUGCUAGCCUAAAGAAAGUAACUUUCAAAAGUGGCAACCUGACUUGUUUGGAACUCUUGCAACUAUUAAACAAGCAUAUUACACCAUUGGCACCAGCAGAGCAAAUAACAACCACAAUAUCAACAAAAUUAGAGAAGAAAGGUAAAAGGAAGUAAACAUGAAAAAGUCUGGUAAAGGGAACCUCCAUGUUGUGGAGGAGAUCUACAAUAUGAUACCAGCAUUUACUGAUGUUUUCUCAGAGGACACAUUUUAUGUGUUUGUGGUCAUAUUUGUAUCAUGUACAUUUAUGGUUGCCUUUAUUUUGUCUAGAUUUAUUACAUUAAAACCUGUAGAUUAAUGAAAUUAGUAGUUAUAAUAAAAUUUAAAAUGUAAACAAAA